AUAUAUUUUAGAUUUAUCAGUUGCUAUUUUUUUAAGGAACAAAUCAGCAAUGAAGUUGAGCAUUGGAAUAUUUUUUGGAGGAUUUUUUGGAGCUCUUGGGAUUUUGUUUUUUCUGGUUGCUUUUGGGACAGACUAUUGGCUUCUGGCUACAGAAGUUGGAAAGUGUUCUGAAGAUCUGAAUCGCACUAGGGAAGAGAAGAUUAUUUUCCACCAUGAGGGUUUCUUCUGGAGGUGCUGGUUUGAUGGGAAGGUUGAUGAGAAUCCUAGCAGUAUGUUGAAGUUUUGGUACACGAACCAGUCACCUUCUAAAAACUGCACCCAUGCCUAUCUCUCUCCAUUUCCUUUCUUAAGAGAUGACCGUAAUUCAACCACCUAUAAUUCUGCAAUUAUUUAUCGUGGUUUCUGGUCAAUUUUCAUGCUCCUUGGAGUGGUCACUGUGGUUGUUGCUAGUUUCUUCAUCAUCUGUGCUGCACCCUUUGGUAGUCACAUCCUCUACAAAAUAGGAGGAGGCUUUUUCAUUGCUGCUGGCAUCUUAUUCUCCCUGGUGGUUGUGCUAUAUGUUAUCUGGGUCCAAGCAAUGGCUGAUCUUAAAACAUAUGAAGCUCAGAAGAAAACUGACUGUUCAAGUUAUUCCAUCUAUGUACAUUAUGGCUGGUCUUUUAUACUGGCUCCAGUUGGAAUAUUUUUUGCUAUGUUUUCUGGCAUGCUGUUUCUCCUGGUAGGGCGUACAAUUUAUCUGCAUUCUGAUUAGUCAGGUGGCAGAUGCUUGAAGUACUAGUGUGUAGUGAAGCUGUGCUGAAAAAUGUUUUUUAUACAUUAUUAUCCUUUCUACCAUAGAGUGCUCAUGGUGUCACUGAGGAUUGGCUUAAAUGAUUAAUGUAACUUCAUAUUGUCUACUCAGUAAUAUUGGAACUGUGGUGUUAAGGUGUUUGGUGAAGAUUGCUUCCAGUACAUGUGCAUAGGAUUGCAGCCACUGUUUACAUGUUCUUGUCAUGAAGGGCAUGAAAUAUCUUUCUGAAAUAAUCCUUUCAGAAAGGAUGAUCCUUUCUUAUUUCAUCAGAUGCCCAUACCUGUAUUAAUACACAAGGAAAUAUGUGAAAUAAUUGAUGUAAGAAUUAGGUGCUGGUCGCAGCCCAUUCAACCAUUAUCAACUCAAUGAAGGAACAUUUACAAUGAAACUAUGUCUCACCUUCUCUCCUCCACAUGUAUUAGCCUCUGCAAGUAAGGAAAGGGUUGUGGGAUAGGCAACUCUAGGUCAAAUGUUGUAUCCUGCUUCCAGAAUGAUUCCAAAUUUGAUGUCUUUGGCAAUAAUACCUUAAUAUUAUAAAAUAAUAAUCAUAUAAUAUUAAUAAUAAUGAUCAUUUCCAGAAACAGACAUAUUUUUGAUACAAUAUAGAUCUAAAUUUUCUCCAUCAGUGUCUUUUUCCAAUGCAAGGGUCUGUCCGCUUAUGAUGGCCAAUAAAUAAGGUCUAAUCACUACAUUAGCUUUGCAGUCAAACUGUAUCUUUCUUCUGUGAACAAAGAAUGCAAAAUUAUAUGCGGAGGUCCAGAUGCAAACACCCACAUUGCUCCUGAAAGAAGGCCCAGCUUUGGUCUCCUUGAAAGUCAUCUAAGAAGCAAUUUGGACAGUGUGUAUUCCUUCAUUAGAAUAAUGUUUGAAUUGGUCCUGCAACCUUGUACUGAACAAAUAUGUGUCCCAUGAAGGGCUUACUCCAUUUUCUCUUGUUUCAGUUCUCAGCAUUAGCUUAUUAUGAGCAAGCAGUUCUGCUCUUAAAAAUAUAGUUAUCCAUGUAAUGCUUUAGCCAACCUGCCAGAGAAAAUAUGGCAUCAGCAGAAUAGUGCUUUGGUGCUGUUCAGUAUAUAAGCAAAAACUCCAUGUGGUCCAAAUCAUAAACAGCCAAUCCAAAAUAACUGGGAAAGUUUAUGGGUUAUCUAGUUCAGCCCCCUGCAGACAAGAGUUGUUGUUGCUUAUCUGGGCAUCAAAACAAUGCAUGACACAAUAAU